AUGAAGAAACACACAAAGACCCAGUCCUCUUACGCCUUCGACAACACCGCAACCACGGUGGCUGCUUCGCAAAUGCGUAAUGCCUUGAACAACUUGGUCGACACCGUCGAGGAUACCGAGGCCCAGAGCAAGUUCGAGUCCCAGAUGGACUCCUUCUUCGCCUUGUUUAGAAGAUACGUGGCCGACAAGGCAUCUGGAAACACCUUGGACUGGGACAAGAUCAAGUCGCCAUCCCCAAGUGAGGUUGUUCAGUACUCUAAGUUGCCCGAGGCUGCUGACAAGGAGACCUCCAACUUGUCCAAGUUGGCCGUAUUGAAAUUGAACGGUGGUUUGGGUACCUCAAUGGGAUGUGUGGGUCCUAAGUCUGUGAUUGAGGUCAGAGACGGUAACACUUUCUUGGACUUGGCUGUUAGACAAAUCGAGCACUUAAACCGUAGAUACGACACUGAUGUGCCACUUUUGUUGAUGAACUCGUUCAACACCGAUGCCGACACUGCCAAGAUCAUCAAGAAGUACCAGGGCCACCGUAUCAGAGUUAGAACCUUCAACCAGUCCAGAUUCCCAAGAAUCUUCAAGGAUUCUCUCUUGCCUGUUCCUGAUUCCUAUGAUGAUGAAUUGGAGUGCUGGUACCCUCCAGGACACGGUGACUUGUUUGAAAGUUUGCUUUCUUCCGGUGAAUUGGACGCCUUGUUGGCCCAGGGCAGAGAGAUUUUGUUCGUGUCCAAUGGUGACAACUUGGGUGCCACUGUGGAUACCAACAUCUUGAACCAUAUGCUUGAGACUGGUGCCGAGUACAUCAUGGAAUUGACUGAUAAGACCAGAGCUGAUGUCAAGGGUGGUACUUUGAUUAACUACGAUGGCCAGGUGCGUUUGUUGGAAAUUGCUCAGGUGCCAAAGGAGCAUGUUGAGGAUUUCAAGUCCAUCAAGAAGUUCAAGUACUUCAACACCAACAACUUGUGGAUCAAUUUGCGCGCUGUCAAGAGAUUGGUGGAGUCAAACGGUAUUGAGUCCGAGAUCAUUCCAAACUCAAAGACCAUCUCCAAGGGUAACUCUGACGUUAACGUGUUACAAUUGGAGACUGCUGUCGGUGCUGCUAUUAGACACUUCGAGGGUGCUCAUGGUGUGGUGGUUCCAAGAUCCAGAUUUUUGCCUGUCAAGACCUGUUCCGACUUGUUGUUAGUGAAAUCCGACUUGUUCUUCCUCGAGCACGGUGCAUUGAAGUUGGACCCAACCAGAUACGGUUUUGCUAACCCAUUGAUCAAGUUGGGAUCCCACUUCAAGAAGGUCAACGACUUCCAGAAGAGAAUUCCUCACAUGCCUAAGAUUUUAGAGUUGGACCACUUGACUAUCACUGGAAAUGUUAACUUGGGAAGAAACGUCACCUUGAAGGGUACUGUGAUCAUUGUUGUCAACGAAGGCGAGUCUAUUGAUAUUCCAAACGGUUCUAUUUUGGAGAAUGUGGUGGUCACCGGUACAUUGCGUAUCUUGGAGCACUAA